GGGAGGCGAGUCGCGGGAGAGACCCUACGCCCGCGCGGCGCCAGCGCCCAGCGGCGUGAACCGGUCAGAGUCAACGCCCCUCUCCGCCCGGUCGCCGGAAGGGGAAGGCGCCCCGAAAUGGCGAGGGUAUACGCCCCAAAAAUGGUUUUCUCCUCAGCCCGACCACCCACCCAAACCCCUCCUCUCUCUCUCUCUGCCAUAGCCGUUGACUUGAAGGAAGACUCGCCACCACCACCAGUCCACCACUGUUCGUCCGCAAUCUCCCCCGCGGUUUGCUUCGCUCUCCGACGGCGGCCCGGCCGACUGACCAGAUGGGGGAGGCGGCGGUGGUCGGCUGGCUGGUGUGCCCGGUCAUCAGGAUAGUGGUCGACAAGGCCAGGUCCUGCGCCUCCGACAGGUUCAGGUGGCUCAACGGCGGCGUCCCCGACGCGCUCAAGCAGCUGGAGGAUGAGCUCAAUCAGCUCCGCGCCGAGGCGGGCUGCGUCGAGCGCUGCCUCGGCGGCGGCGGCGGCGGGAGAGGCAACUGUGAGCUCGUACGCUGGCUGCGCCAGCUCAAGGAGGUGGUGUACGAGGCCGACGACGUCCUCGACGAGUUCGCCUACCGGAGGCUCGCCCCCAACGACGGCAAGGUCAGCCUACUAGGGUCUUCUUCCAUUGGCAAGAUCGGCAAGCAGCUCGUUGGCAAGGACGAGUCGGUCAAUAGGCUCAAGGCCGUCGUGGAGAAACUGAGCAGCAUCCGCGCGAACUCCGGCCGGCUGAUGCAGGCGGCGGGGCUGACCAAGCCAGGUUCCGGCGAGCCGAGCAGCACGCUCCUAACCUCGGAUGGUCCGGUCACCGGCUCGAUUCUGGAGGAUGGUGAGGUGUUUGGGCGCGACAAGGAGCGUGAGCAAUUGGUGUCUUGGCUAAUCGGCAGCACGCCCGAAGCCGAAGGCGAGGAUCGGAGCGCCGCCGCCGAUGACACCAUCCCCGUCGCCGCUAUCUUGGGGCUCGGAGGCAUUGGGAAGACGACGCUCGCACGCGUCCUGUGCCAUGAUCAUGAGGUGAAGGAGGCCUUCGAUCUGAUCAUGUGGGUGUGUCCCGCAGGCAAUUACAGCAAGCUCGAUCUCGCGAAGCAAAUCCUGCAGUCCGCGGAACUCCCCGACGACACGAAUAGCUUCGAUCGGCUGCAGCGGCGGCUGAAGGAGGCCGUCUCGUCGCGCCGGUUCUUGCUGAUUCUUGACAAUGUCUGGAAUAAAGAUGAGAAUGAGAACUCGUACAGGGAUAUGUGGGCUGAUGUGUUAGCUCCCCUCAGAUUUGGCCGAGCUGGGAGUAAGAUCGUGGUUACCACCAGGAAGAGGAUUGUGGCAGACUUGCUGAAUGCGAGCAAGUUUGUUUGGCUGAAUGGGCUGGAGUUCGCUGAUGUUUGGUUGUUGUUCAAGAAGUUUGCCUUCGACAACAAUGAUGUUGACAGGCACCCGGAAUUGAAGGAAAUUGGGGAGCAGAUUGCUGUGAAGCUCAAGGGGUUGCCAUUGGCUGCCAAGGUUGUCGGUGGCAUGCUAAAGCGGAAACCAAGUUUGACUGAGUGGAAGAGGAUCUUGAAGAUGGAAAUAUAUGACAAUGUUAGCUCCACACUGGAGCUGUGUUAUCAGAACCUGCAGGAGCACAUCCAACCAUGCUUUGCGAUAUGCAGCAUAUUCCCAAAGAACUGGAGGUUCAAUCGUGACAAGUUGAUUAAGAUUUGGAUGGCCCUGGGUUUUAUCCAGUUCAGGCCAGAUGAUACGAAGAAUCAAUUGGAGGAGGAUGUAGGGAAGGAGUACUUUAAUCAACUUGUGGCACAAUCAUUCUUCCAUGAGCGCAAGGAAGGCCGCCGAACUUACUACUACAUCCACGACCUGAUGCAUGACCUGGCCGACAAUGUCUCUCGAAUUGACUGCGCAAGAGUUGAAAGUGUAGAGUUUGAGAAAAAAGACAUACGCAUACCUGAUACUGUCCGUCACUUAUCUGUGACCAGUGAUGCGGUGAUGCAGCUCAAAGGUCGGGCCGAGCUCAAGAGGUUGCGCACAUUCAUUAUUCUCAAGCAUUCCUCAUCUUCCGUUGUUCCAUUGCCAGAUGAUGUCCUCAAGGAAUUGAAAGGUCUCCGUGUGCUUGGUUUGGAUGGCUGUGAUAUGGUUGAAUUAUCAGAUAAAGUUGGCCAGUUGAUACAUCUGAGGUACCUUUCUCUUUGCAAGACGAUUACAAAGCUUCCAAAAUCAGUGACAAAACUUUUCCUUCUUGAGACCCUAUAUAUCCCUAAGAGGUGUCAGCUUGAGGAGUUUCCAAAAGACAUGUGGAAGUUGAAAUAUCUCCGCCAUUUGGAUAUAAACAGGACAAACACAUCGAAAAUUGUCGGAAUUGGAAAAAUGAUCCAUCUCCAGGGAUCAAUUGAGUUCCAUGUUAAAAAGGAAAAGGGUCAUACAUUAGAAGACUUGAACGAUAUGAAUGAUCUCCGAAGAAAGCUCCAUAUCAAGAACCUUGAUGUUGUAGCAAGCAAAGAAGAGGCCAGCAAAGCUGGAUUAAGCAAGAAACAGAGCAUAAAGGUGCUGGAAUUGGAAUGGAACUCCCCUGGCAAAAGUGUCCCUUCUGUCGAUGCUGAGGUCUUAGAAGGCCUUAAACCACAUCCAGAUGUUGAAGAGAUUCAUAUUAGGAGAUAUCACGGUAAUACCUCACCAUGUUGGUUGGACAGGAAGGACAUAACAUUUCUUAAAUAUUUACAUUUGACCAACUGUAGAAAGUGGGCGGUCCUGCCUCCUCUUGGGCAGCUUCCCUUCCUCAAAGUUCUGCAUUUGAAAGAGAUGUGUUCAUUGAAACAGAUUGGAAGUGAGUUUUAUGGAACCAAUCCAACUGCAUUUCCAUAUUUGGAGGACCUUGAAUUUGAUGAUAUGCCAAAAUGGGUUGAGUGGACCAAAGAAGAAGAGAAGUAUGACAGCGUGUUCCCCAGACUCCGUAAACUGAAGCUUUUGAGCUGUCCCGAUUUGAUUAAAGUGCCUCCCUUCCCGCAGUCCGUGAGAAAGGUCAGUAUUGAGAAUACAGGGUUUGUGUCACACCUGAAACUAUCUUCUUCUUCAUCAUCAAAAGCCAACAAAGUUAAAUUGGAAACAUGUUCUGCCGCUGUCCUUACCAAUGGUUUGUUCCACCAGCAACAAGUGCAGGAAAUUGUUGAUUUGACCUUGAGGCACUGCCAAGAUGUAAAGUUUGAAGAGCUUCAUGCACUUACUUCCCUCAAGAGGCUGCAAAUAUCUUAUUUAGAGAUGACUGACGAGGAGUUGGGUACUUGUUUACAAGGUUUACAAUCGCUGACCUUACUGGAUAUAGUCCACUGCAGUAAAAUAACCACUCUUCCACAGAUUGAGAACCCGAGCAACUUGACGAAGUUUCAUGAGCUAAACAUUCGGCAGUGCCCCCAAUUGUCUUCUCUGCAUUCAUUGCCUAGUUUUGCCACACUUGAAACAGUGUUGAUUGAAAAUUGCUCCAGGGUCACCGUAGAAUCUUUCCCUGCCAACUUCAACAGCUUAACCUCUCUGAGAAAACUGAGCAUAAUGAACUGCACUGGAUUGGAGUCCUUGCCAAGUGGCUUCCCAUCUUCACUGCAGGUUGUUCAUCUGAUUGGUUGCAAGCCAACGUUGCUGAGCCAACUACAAAAUAAGGAUGGACCAGAAUGGGAUAAAAUAGCUUCGAUCCCAAUGAAACUGAUCCACUGAUCAGGGUUCAGACUUCAGAGGCUAAUUUUGCAGUGAUACUGGCCAAUUGUGUCAAAAUUUCCGGCACGCAAGAUGAACGAUACCAGACGAACCCCAACAGAUUUUUCUGGCUGGAACAAUUGUGUACUGUCUGUAAAUGUAUGUGCUGCAUUUGUAGUGAACUGGUCACAUUUCCUGAAAUAUGUUUCGUUUUUUUUCCUACGUUAGCCGGUGCACUUCACCUGCGCAUGUUCAAAUACUGUCUUGCUUCAGUUUACUGAGCUGUGAACAAUUGUAAUAUCGGUCUACCGUGAGAAACUAUAUCUUUCCGUCUUCAAAUUGGUUGAACAGAAAUACUACUCGUACAGAUGAGCUAUGACAAA